AUGAAGUCCAUCAUCAAUGCCUUAAAGAAGGAAGUGCCUUUCCGUGAGGCUCCAGCCUACUCCAAACGCCGCCGGGGUCCGUCCUCCGGCGACGGCAGCGGAACCGACCGGUCCCCCUCCUCGUUAUCGGCGCCGCGGGUCCUCCUGCGCUCCAACAGCGACAACAACCUAACCGUCAGCCAGUACCAGCAGCAGCAGCAGCAGCAGCACGGUCCUCCCGGCAACUGGGCCCCCCACCUGCAGCAACACGCCCAGAACCACCCACACAGGGGCCCCCAGCAGGGUCACUCGCAGCCUGGCUCCUCCGCAUUACACCGCAGCCUGUCACCCCAGCUGCUCCAGCAGAUGCCCAGCGGCAGCCCCAAUGGCAACGUGGUGGUGCGGACCAUGGGGAGGGGGGCGAGGAGCCGGUCGCCCUCCCUCAGCCGGCUGGGGGAGGAGGCCCGGCGGGCUCUGCCCACACAGCGCCAGCCCAGCCCCGGCGGUCACAGCGAGGCGGUCGGCUCCAGGAGGAAGCUCUACAGCGCCGUGCCCGGCAGACAUUUUGUGGUGGUUCGUCCGUACAUCGCCCAGGCCGAGGGAGAGCUCACCCUCUACAAGAGCGACAGGGUCAAAGUCCUGAGCAUCGGAGGGGGGUUCUGGGAGGGCAGUGCCCGCGGUCAGGUGGGCUGGUUUCCAGCCGACUGCGUGGAGGAGAUCCCGGCCAAGGCCACCGAGGAGAGGAGCUAUUCCCGAGCGGACCGCGCUGACAGACGGAAGCUCUUCAGACAUUACACGGUCGGAUCCUACGACAGCUUCGAUGCCUCCAGUGACUGCGUGGUGGACGAGAAGACCGUGGUGCUGCAGAAGAAGGAGAACGAGGGCUUCGGCUUCGUCCUGCGGGGGCCAAAGGUAGGAGGAGCGGACACGCCCAUCGAGGAGUUCACUCCCACGCCCGCCUUCCCCGCGCUGCAGUACCUGGAGUCCGUGGACGAGGGAGGGGUGGCGUGGCAGGCCGGGCUCCGGACGGGGGACUUCCUCAUCGAGGUGAACCAGGACAAUGUGGUGAAGGUCGGCCACAGACAGGUGGUCAACAUGAUCCGUCAGGGAGGAAACCGGCUGCUGAUCAAGGUGGUGACCGUGAGCCGGAAUCUGGACCCCGACGACACGGCGCGCAAAAAAGCUCCUCCUCCACCAAAGAGAGCCCCCACCACGGCCCUGUCCAUGCGCUCCAAGUCCAUGACCUCUGAACUGGAGGAACUCGUGGAUAAAGCCACUCUAAGGAAAAAGAAAGGUGAUGCGCAGAAGAAGAGGAUUGUUUUCCAAGUCACUCUAAAUAAAGUGGAGGAGAUGACGCACGCCCAGAAGGCCUCGCCCGUCGAUAUGAAGAUCGCCACAAUCAAACCGCGCCCGUCCAGUCGCUGCUUGGUAACGGCAGCUGAUAUGAACUCCUUGUAUCACGACCGCCAGGGAGUAGCAGUGGUGCCACCCACUGUACCGGGGGCUUUCCUGGGGCUUCCUGAAAAGAGCACUUUGAAAAAGCAAAAGUCCAUAGGUACAACGGAGGAUGAGAAACAGGGAUUCCUCACGCCUCCUCUUCUCAAGUUCGCCCGCAGCCUCUCGAUGCCCGACACCUCAGAGGACAUCCCUCCUCCUCCAGCCAUUUCACCCCCUUCGCCACCCGACUACAACUCCGGCCCUCCACCCAAGAGCUACGGCACCACGCGACCCAGCUUCACCCAGAACUCACCCAAUGCGGUGAAGACCAUAAGCCGAACCACCGACGUCGGCACAUUAAGGCGAGGCUAUUACCGCCAGAGCUCAGAGCAGUUCGAGAGCACUCGCACUCGAGGGCGCACGCCGGUGCCGGAGAACCCUUACUCCGAGGUGGGCAAUAAGACACUGUAUGUGCCAGCCAAACCAGCUCGAAGGAAGGGAAUGCUGGUGAAGCAGCCCAACGUUGAGGACAGUCCUGAGAAAGCGUGUCGCAUGCCAACAAACCCCUCGGGCGCGGUCUCCAUGCCCACUACGCCCGUAGAACGAACAUGCUCCUCCAUCCCCAUCCCCACCAUCAUCGUCAAGGAGCCCUCCACCAGCAGCAGUGGCAAGAGCAGCCAGGGUAGCAGUAUGGAGAUCGAGCCCACCACCCCUGAACACCCACCUCUCACGCCCACUGUUUGUGGUUUGCGUCCCGAAGACCCUAUGUCUCUAAGCAACCCCUUUGCGGCAGCUAUUGCCGGGGCAGUGCGGGACCGGGAGAAGAGGCUAGAGGCAAAAAAGCACUCAAUUGCCUUCCAGUCGAUAGACAUUGGGGAUGAUGACUUCAACAGUCCCACACCAACCCCUCGGCUACGCCAUUCAAAGUCCAUCGAUGAAGGCAUGUUCAGUAGCGACGAGCGUCUGCGAAGGAUAUUGGGUCCUCCUCCCGCUGCACAGCUUGGGCCGCCUGUUGGGGGCGGUAGUGGAAACAUGACAGACUUCAACACCCCUGAACCCACAGUGGUACGGGAACCUCUAAACACCAGAACAGGCCAAUGUCCCAACCUGGACAGCCCCGUCAGUCUACCAUCGACUCCUCCUAAGAGCCACUACAGGGCCAACGGGACCUACCUCCAUCCUGUCACCGGCAAGCCCUUGGACCCUAACUCUCCACUCGCUUUGGCCCUGGCAGCUCGUGACCGGGCGAUGAAGGAGCAACAAAACCAUCCUCAGAAUCAGCCACAAAAUCCCCCUCAGGUUCAGCAAACGCCCAAGCACGAAGCCCAGUCCCUCCCAGCUCAGCCAAGCCACAAACCAGACCUCAACCAACCGCUGUUUAUCGACACCAAACUACGCUCCGGGAUCGAGACGAGUUUCGCUGCAAUCUCCACGGCAACCAUGGGGCGGCCUGUCCGAGGCGGUCUAAGGAGGCAGAUGACGGAGCAUAAGUAUGAGUCUGAUGGAGCGAGGGAAGAGCGGCAGCAUAAGGCAGUCGAGGAGAGGAAAAGCGCUCCGGCGGAUGUUGCAGACACAUCGCAACCCAAGUCAACAGGGCUGCUGAUGGUCCACACCAGCAACGAAGGAAGCAGCAAGUCGAACAACCAGGAGAUGGAGGGGCAGGACAGCAACAGGCCAUCUGAACUGAAGGACCCCAACCAACCUGAACCUCUCAACGCUCCAACCAUGUCCGCUAAUCCCCAGCUAUCCUUAGCUCAGAGGAGGAGCAUUACCGUGGGCGAGUCCAUGGAAGAACCGGUAAAGCUGCCCUUCCGAAUCCCCCUCCCCCCCGCCUCAGUUGACAUUGACGAGGAUUUUGACUUCACAGAGCCCCUCCCCCCACCGCUGGAGUUUGCCAACAGUAUUGACAUUCCUGAUGACCAGGCCAGUGCCAUUGCAGAGAUGCUUCAUCAACAGAGGCGGAAUGGGGGACCCGCUCUACCCCCGUACCACGCUCACGCCCCACCACUUGUCUUGGAUCAACACAAACGGGUGGCAAACAGCAUGCCCCCCUCAUAUCCUCCUCCUCCACCAGACUCGGAGUCAGGGGUGGGUGACUCGGGCAUCGAGGAGGUAGACAGCCGCAGUAGCGGGGAUCCUCAGCACAUGGACGCCACCAGCACCGUCUCCAGCAUCUCCACCCUGUCGUCGGAGGGAGGCUUCUGCGACAGCGCUCUGGAGAGCCUCUACGCCACCGCGGACGGACACGCCUUCCUGGUGGAUCGGCCCCCUGUGCCACCCAAACCCAAGGGCAAGUCCGUCAUCAACAGGACGUCGCUUUAUCACGACGCUCUCAUCGAAGAGCCCCCGGAGUCCUAUGGCUCACCGCCUCAGGCCCCGCCCCCUCUCCCUUCAUCCUCUGAACCUCCUAGGACUCCCACUCAAAGGACAUCCAAGCUGUGGGGCGAUCAGCCCCCGGAGCUGCGCAGCCCCCCAUCCACACCGGACGGCAAGAACACCGUCAUCACCGAGCUGAGCUCCAUUCUGCAGCACAUGAAUCGCGACAGGCCAGCCAAGCCAGGAGAUAGCCUCGACUCCCCGACCGGGACCAGGGGGGGCUUCGGAACAAGGCCGCCAUCAGACGACUCAGGGAUGCGUAACAACGCCGCCGCCCUCACCUCACCCCCCAGCAGCCUCCCGUCCCAGACUCACCCCUGCAGCCCUCCGGACUCCGGCUCCUCCCUCACACCUUGCUCCUCGCUGCCGCCCUCCGUGUCGCCCACCCUCACCGACGUCUUCGGCCUGCCCACCCCGCCCAUGGGCAGCGGCGGCGCCUACAGCCUGAGCUCCUCGUGCGGCGGAAGCGGCAGCUCGCGCUCGCCGUCGCCGCUCACGCUCAUGCAGCAGUCGGCGGCGUCGGGUAAGCCCUUCGCCUCCAAGCCGAUGGAGCUGUGGAGCAAGCACGACGUGGCGGACUGGCUGGAGAGCCUGAACCUCGGGGAGCACCGGGACGCCUUCCUGGACAACGAGAUCGAGGGCGCCCACCUGCCGUCGCUGCAGAAGGAGGACCUGAUAGACCUCGGCGUCACGAGGGUGGGCCACCGCAUGAACAUCGAGAGGGCCCUCAAGCUGCUGCAGGACAGAUAA